GUUGAAGUGAACAACCUACUGCACGACUUAUUCAAGUGUGACUAUCGACAUCAAGAAGACUACCUGCGUUUUGCUUUCAUGAACGCCGACGUGUUCUCUCGCAACAGCAGACUGUGGGCGAUGUGCACUGCUUUGCCACGUACCAAGUGCUACGCUCCGGAGAUUCUGGGCAAACUGUGUGGGUUGUUCCCUAUACACGUGGCCAAGCUGGUCAGAGUGAGGCUGUCAUACCUGGAGGUGCAGUUGUUGGACCCGCGAGUUGUGGUGGUGUGGCUAGUGAGAGACCCUCGCGCCAUGAUGAAUUCGAGGCUUUCGAACGUCGACUGGUGUAAUACGAACUCCUGUAAUAACCCCAGAGUGGUUUGUUCUGAUCUCUACGAUGAUUAUUUGAGUUAUUUAAUACUUAAAGAAAGAUAUCCUGAUAAGAUUAUGGUUUUGAGGUACGAGGACUUUGCAAGAGAUGCUUAUAACAGAAGUAAGCAGGUUCUGGAGUUCGCUGGCCUUGGUUUUCACGAAGAGGUAAUUUCGUACCUCGACGAGCAUCUGAACAACAACGUUGAGUCUCCAUGGAGCACAAAACAUGAACCCAAGUCCACCAUGGGACGGUGGCUGAAGACCAUGAAAUGGGACGAGGUUGUCAAAGUUCAGAAACAUUGCAGGUCGUACAUGAAAGCCCUCGGGUACCGAAUAUUUCAGUAUCCCCACGAAUUGGUCUCUGGCAACACAGUGGGGCUGUUGAAUAUGCCCCUUUGAAAACACGAUCAAAUUGACUUGUUUGUUGUUAGUGUAGCAACUUGUCCAAAUGAGGAUAUAGUGUAAUUGUUAACUUUAAUAUGCUUAGAAAUAAGACCGAAACAAUGCUGGAUUGCGGUUGAGGAUUUUGGCUAUUAGGCCGUGAUAGAAGACAAGUUAAUAAAAUAAAUAAAAUAGGGCAGAGAUUUAUGGCCAAUGAAAAUACGAAAAUAGUAACUCAGCUACUCAGAAAGAGUAAUUAAUGGAACUUUGAAUAAUUCUUUAGCCCAAUGAUAUGCAGAAAUGAGAUGAACUACAUAGAUUUUAAAGGUCGAAAUAAUUCAAGUUUAGGUCUCAGAUAUUUUUUCAUGGAAUUUGGAUGAUCUGAUGUUAAUUUUACCAAUAACUAACCACGAAUCGAGUACCGUUUACAAUUUAACCAAUAAAGACCAACAUACCAAGGAAAAUAUUUUUUAGGACAACAAAUGUGUAGGCCGUUAAUUAAUCUUGAUGAAUGCUAAAAAAAUACGACAUGCUUCCCGAACACUCAUCUGAAACAAAUUUUGUAUGAAAAUAUGAUCUGAAUGGAAAAAUUUAUAGACAAAACAGAAGAA